CACUCUUCUUUUCUCCUAAUUCUAAUGUAACUACUACACCUAUUCCUAUUCUCCUCCUUAUAAUACACAUUAACAAAAAAAACCCUAUUUUUAAUUCUUUGAAUAGUUCUUCCCUUUCUCUCUCCUAACUCCUCUAAUUUAACCCCACGACUCUUUCUUGUUCAAGAUUUCAUCUUUGAGUAUACAUGGAUAUGUCAAAUUCUGAUGAGAUAAAUUCAUGUGAAAACCAACAACUACCCACUUUUAAAGAUCCAAAAGGGUGUCUAGAUAUUACAACAAAUCAUCAAAAAGAUGAUGAUACCAAGAAAAUUGUAAUAUUGAACCAAGAUCCAAAAGGGUGUCAAGAUAUUACAAUGGGUCAUCAAAAAGAUGAUCCAAAAGGGUGUCAAGAUAUUACAAUAGGCAUCAAGAAAAUUGUAAUAUUGAACCAAGAUUCAAAAAGGUGUCAAGAUAUUACAAUAAUGGAUCAUCAAAAAUAUGAUCAUGACACCAACAAAAUAGAAAUAUUGCAACAAGAUCAUCCAAAAGGGUGUCAAGAUAUUACAAUGGAUCAUCAAAAAGAUAAUGACACCAACAACAUAGUAAUAUCACACCAAGCACUACAACCAGAAGAUGAUGAUGAUGGAUUUAGGACACCAACUUCUUUGGAAUCGAAAAUUCCAAUUUUGACAACAUGUCCACCAGCACCAAAACACAAGUAUAGUGGCAUUAAACGAAAAGCUUCAUCACCAAGAAGAGGGAAAAGAAAUAUAAGAGUAUGGAUCGAUUAUCGCCGCCGCGAUACCGGUAGAUUUUGACCGGAAAAUCAAGAAACCAACAACACCAUACCAAGAAUUUGAGGAGGUGAGAAUUAUUACAUAUAGCUUUUUGUACAAAAUUAAUCUUUAGUUAGCUAUUUUUAUUUUAAUAUGUCGUUUCUUAGACCAUAUACUAGUCAAUAUGGUAUAAUCUUUAAUUUUUUGGAUAGAGAAGAAAUUAAACGUAUUCUUUCAUUUUAUA